UGAGGAGACAAGCCAUUAACUCCGCACCAGUUUCGCCCACGAACCAGCCUUCAUAUCAGUGCUUCAUUCUCAACUAACUCUUGAUUUUUGCUCUCCAUCUUCUUCUUCUUCUUUUUCUCCGCAACCUUUGAAAUUUUUCUCUGAAAAUAUAUCCUUUCUUUUUAAGUAAUUUUUAUUUUUUAAUUUUAAUUUGUGGUAUUCGACAUCAUAGCAUGGAGUUGUGCAUGGGAUUUGAACGAGCUUUGAAAUCUAGUUUACGUAGAGAACUCUCCAUGAAAUCCACCCACGUUCACCACCAACAAGUUGUUUUGUUUGAUGAUUUGGGUUGUGUUUCGUGUGAUGAUUUUUCUGUUGAUGAUCUUCUUGAUUUUUCCAACGGAGAAUUUCAAGAAUUUGAGGAUGUAAAAGACUCCCUUUCUGUUGAUUCUCCAGACCGUGUUGAUGAUGAUAAUAACUCUAACUCUUCCAUUUUUUCUUCUUCUGAUCAGUCCCUUCUCACCAAUGAACUCGUUGAACCGGUGGAUGAAAUUGCAGAGCUUGAAUGGGUUUCCAGGUUUGUGGAUGAUUCUUCACGUUCAGAGCUCUCUCUUUUGUACCCCAAUCAUGGAGAAUACCGGUUUGAACCGGUCAUAAAACCGGUUUUGAACCAAACUCCAUGUUUUCCGGCAUCAUUUCCGUCCAAAGCCAGAACCAAAAGACCCAGACCCGCCACCCGGGUCUGGUCAAUGAGUUCAUCCCCACUCUCUGAGUCACCAAUUUCCUCUUCAUCUUCUUCUGGCUCAACCAUCACCAGCUCGGUUCAAAACACGGAGUGGUGUAACAGUUUUACCGAACCGGAAGCCAAGAAACCGAAGAAGAAAACCGCGGUUCAAAGCGGCGGAGGAUUAUUUCAACGGAGGUGCACCCACUGCCAGACACAAAAGACUCCCCAGUGGCGAACCGGUCCCCUCGGUCCCAAAACGCUGUGCAAUGCAUGCGGAGUCCGGUUCAAAUCCGGCCGGCUGUUCCCAGAAUAUCGGCCUGCUUGUAGCCCGACUUUUUCGGGGGAAAUUCACUCGAAUAGCCAUAGGAAAGUGUUGGAGAUGAGGAAGAAGAAAGAAACGAGUGGACCGGAGGUGGGGUUGACCCAAAUGGUUCAGAGUUUUUGAAGGUGGUUAGAGUAGGAGUAGGCGGAAAUGAACCGUGGGUUCAAACCGGUUUGAACCGUUCCAAGGUUGGUUUUGGUUGGUAGGUCUAAUUAAUCAAUCAAUUAAGACUAAGAUUAAGGUUAAUUAUAGUUAGUUAGGCAUGUCACGGGAAUGUAGGGAGGUUUCUCUUUCUUUCUUUUUUUUUUGGUUGUAUUUUUAGAGUCUAUUUAUCGAUUUAUUUGCAGGACCAAUGAAGAGAAUUUAAUGUAUAAUACUUAUAGUACUAAUUUUAGAAUCUUUUUCUUUUUAA